AUGCAAGCGGUGAGGUUUUUGCGAUCUGGACAAUUUGGGUUUAUCCUCCAAAAGCUGCCUCAGAAUCAACUUGCUCAGGCCCCAACAAGGACCUCUUCAGCUGUUGCAGCUCAAGUAGAGAGAUGGGAUAAAGCUCAUGAAAGGUACUUUGGUCCUGAAAGAGACUUAAAGAACUUCCCUCAUCCUGUUAUGAGAAUGAGGGGUGCACCAGUCAGAUUGGGAUUCAUUCCAGAAGAAUGGUUCACGGCUAUGUAUCCAAAAACUGGUGUCACAGGUCCCUAUAUACUUGGAACUGGACUUCUUGCUACCUUGCUUUCGAAAGAAAUAUGGGUUAUUGACCAUGGAUUUGCUGAUGUCCUUGGAUUUACUGGAGCAUUUUUAUUUUGUGUUCUGAAGUUAGGACCUGGCAUCAACAAAAUGUUGGAAGAAAAACAACAGAGAAUGUAUGAUGCAACUUAUGCCAAGCCAAUUGCUGCCGCUAAAGAAGCUUACACUAAUACUAUUGAUGAUGCCAAGAAUGCUAUUUGGAGUCUUGAAGGACAGAAACAUUUGUUUGAAGCAAAGAAGGAAAAUGUUGAUCUUCAGUUGGAAUCUGUUUACCGCCAAAGACUGCAAAAGGCUUAUGCUGAAAUACAGAACCGCUUGGAUUAUCACUUGAAUGUACAAAAUACAAAACUACGGUUUGAACAAGAACACAUGGUCAAUUGGAUUGUAAGCAGUGUGGUGAAAAGCAUUACUCCACAACAGGAGAAAGAAAGUCUUAAGAAAUGCAUAGCAGAUUUGAAAGCAUUGGCUGCAGCAUAA